AUGACAAAUGCCUGCAAUGACAAAGUGGAGACAGUUCUCCAGUUUUUCUUUCAUUCUUUCUUUCUUUUUCUUUCUAGUCAUCGAGUCUUUCCUUCACACCUUCUUUUUUUUCUAGUUCUGCAGCCUUUCUGUCUAGAUAGUUCUGCAAAAUAUUUUCUGUCUACAUGUUCACUUUUUCUUUUUCCUUCUAGUCCUCCAGUAUUUCUUUCAUUCUUUCUUUUUCCUUCUUUUCCUUUCUAUUUCCUUCAUUCUUUUUUUUGUUUCCUUUUCUUUCAUUCUUUCUUUUUCCUUCUUGUCCUCCAGCAUUUCUUUCAUUCUUUCUUUUUCCUUCUAGUCCUUCAGCAUUUUUCUUUUUCAUUCUUUCUUUUUUUCUUCUUGUCCUCCAUCUAUUUUCUUUCUUUCUUUUUUUCCUUCUUGUCCUCCAGCAUUUCUUUCAUUCUUUCUUUUCCUUCUUGUCCUCCAUUUUCUUUUUUCAUUUUUUUUUCCUUCUUUCCUUCAGCAUUUCUUUCAUUCUUUUUCCUUCUAUCCUCCAGCAUUUCUUUCAUUCUUUCUUUCCUUCUUUUCCUUUUUUCUUUCAUUCUUUUUUUGUCUUGUCCUCCAGCAUUUCUUUCAUUCUUUCUUUUUUUCUUCUUUCCUUCAGCAUUUCUUUCUUCUUUCUUUUCCUUCUUUCCUUCAUUUUCUUUCUUUUUUUUCCUUCUUUCCUCCUUUCUUUUCUUUCAUUUUUUUUUUUCCUUUCUUUUCCAGCAUUUCUUUUCAUUCUUUCUUUUCCUUCUUUCCUCUUUCUUUUCAUUCUUUUUUUUUUUUCCUUCUUGUCCUCCAGCAUUUCUUUCAUUCUUUCUUUUUCCUUCUUGUCCUCCAGCAUUUCUUUCAUUCUUUCUUUUUCCUUCUUGUCCUCCAGCAUUUCUUUCAUUCUUUCUUUUUCCUUCUUGUCCUCCAGCAUUUCUUUCAUUCUUUCUUUUUCCUUCUUGUCCUCCAGCAUUUCUUUCAUUCUUUUUUUCUUUCCUUCAUUUUUCUUUCUUCUCCUCUUUUCCUUCUUGUUCUUUCAUUUCUUUCUUUUUUUCUUUUCCUUCUUUCCAGCAUUUCUUUCAUUCUUUCUUUUUUUCUUUCCUCCAAAUUCUUUCUUUUUCUUUUCCUUUUCUUUCCUUUUCUUUCAUUCUUUCUUUUUCCUUUCUGUUCCAUUUUUCUUUCAUUCUUUUUUUUUUUCCUUUUUCUUUCUUUCUUUCUUUUCUUCUUUCUUUCUUUCUUUCUUUUUUUCUUUCUUCAAUUUUCAUUUCUUUUUUCCUUCUAGUUCUCCAUCCCUCAAGCUUUCUUUCAUUCUUUCUUUUUCCUUCUAUUCUUUCUUUUCCAUUCUAUCUCUCUUUCUAUGUAGUUCUUUUUUCUUCACAGAUGUCCAUUUUUCUUUUUCCUUCUAGUCCACUAGACCUUCUUUCAUUCUUUCUUUUGCUUUCUAGUUCUCCAGUCUUUCUUUCUUUCUUUCUUUCUUUCUUUCUUUCUUUCUUUCUUCUAGUCCUCCAGACUUUCUUUCAUUCUUACUUUUUCUUUCUACUAAUCCAGUCUUUCUUUCAUUCUUUCUUUUCUCUUCUAGAACUUAAGUCUUUCUUCCUAAUACUUCCUUCUGUCUUUCAUUCUUUCAUUUUCCUCCUAGUCAUAUAUCUUUCUUUUCCCUUCUUUGUCCUCCAGUCUUUCUUUCAUUCUUUUUUCUAUCUACUGCUCCAGUCUUUCCUUCUAGUUAAUUCUAUAAUCUUUUUUCUUUCUAGAUGUCUACUUUUUACUUUUUGUUUUCUUCUUCUUUCUAGCUCUCCAAUCUUUCUUUCAUUCUUUCUUUUUUCUUCUAAUCCUCUAGUCUCUAUUUCACUCUUUCUUUUUCCUUCUAGUCCUCCAGUAUUUCUUUCUUUCAUUUUCUCUUUCUUUCUAGUUCUCCACUCUUUAUUUGUAGUUAGUAGUGCAAUAUUUGUUUCUUCCUUGAUAUCCACUUUUUCUUUUUCCUUCUACUCCUCCAGUCUUCCUUUCAUUCUUUCUUUUCAUUCUAGUUCUCUAGACUUUCUUUCAUUCUGUCCAUUUCCUUCUAAUCCCCCAGCCUGUCUUUCAUUCUUUCUUUUCCCUUUGAAUCCUCCAGGUUUUCUUUCAUUCUUUCUUUUUCAUUCUAGUCCUCCAGUUUUUAUUUCGUUCUUUCUUUUCCCUUCUAUUCUCCAGUUUUUCUUUCUAGUUAAUUCUGCAAUCAUUUUUUAUUCCUAUGUGUCCACAUUUUCUUUUUCCUUCAAAUCCCCCAGUCUUUCUUUCAUUCUUUCUAUUGCUUUUAGUCCUCCAGACUUUCUUUCAUUCUUUCUUUUUCCUUCUAGUCCUCUAUCUUUCUUUCAUUCUUUCUUUUUCCUUCUAGUCUUUCAUUUUUUCUUCUUUCUAGCCUUCCAGACUUUCUUUCAUUCUUUCUUUUUCAUCCUGUCUUUCCUUCAUUCUUUCUUUUCCUUCUAUUUCUUCAGUCUUUAUUUCAUUCUUUCUUGUUUUCUUUCUAGUUACACAGUUUUUCUUUCUUUCUUGAACUGA